CCCUCUCCCAUUGCCUGUGCCUGAGUGUCCUGUAGCUGGACACGCCCCCAGACAAGGAAGUGCUGUGAAUGUGCGUGCCAUGAGUGAAUAUACAGAGGACAGGAUUAAAAUUCCAUUUGGCGAAAAGUACCUUGAUGCUGUGUUUUCUGUUCCUGGAGCAUCGGAUUCUGUAAAGCAUGGAGUGAUACUAACACAUGGAGCGGGAGGAGACAUGAAUUUCCCCCAUCUGGUAUCCUUGGCAAACUAUCUGGCAACACAUGGAAUUUUGUGUCUACGAUUUACAUGUAAAGGACUCAAUCUUGUUUAUAGGACCAAGGCCUACAGAGCUGUUUUGGAAUUUUUGAAGUCUCAUGAAGAACAUAAAAUUUCCAGUGUGUUUCUGGCUGGUCGAUCUAUGGGAUCUCGUGCUGCUGCAUCAUUAAUGAGGGAGGCUUGUGAAAAUGAUGAUGAGUUUAUUCAAGGGCUCAUCUGCCUGUCCUAUCCACUGCAUCCUGCAAAUUCAAAGGGCAAGCUGCGAGAUGAAUAUAUAUUGUUGUUGACAAAACCAGUAUUGUUUGUUUCAGGAUCAGCUGAUGAAAUGUGUGAUCAGAACCUUUUAAAAAGUGUUAUCAGCAAGAUGACGGUUCCUACCCAGAUCCACUGGAUCGAAAAUGCAAACCAUGGAAUGGCAGUGAAGGGAAAAGCUACAGAAGAUGUUAUGGCAGAAAUAAAUACACAUGUUUUCUCCUGGAUUCAGGAAACCAUUAAUAACUUAUAAUUAAACGUUUUAUUGUAACUUUAUACUUGAAAACUUGAAGCAGGCACAGCACGUAUAAAGGUUAAGUGUGCCUGGGUGCAAAUACAAACAAUAAUUUGUUUGGGACAGUUAUAUAUUAUUAUCCCUGACGAAGGUUCCAGUAAGGAGCUGAAACUAUGGAUCUUCAAUAAACCUUCACCUGCUUGAGA